UUUGUUUGCGUUGCUUUGCGCAGCUUGUUGCGGCCAAAAACAAUUUGAAAACAUACAAAUGUGCAGUAGUUAGCAAAAAUAUAAAUAACUUUAUUAAAAUGCUGAAGGCACUUAAGCCGGAUACAUUUGCGGGGAUUGCCAAUGCCAAGUGCGGCGAGGUAUACUUCCAAAGUUUGCAUAGCUAUCGCAUUGACUGUGCGUUUUGUGACAUGAAGAGCUUUGUGUUUGCCGACUUUCUGCUGCACAUACAGAACGAGCACUUCGAGAACGGCCUGCUCAAAACGGAGGCGCUACUGCCAAAACAGGAGGAGAUGGAUGGAGACUCCCCGCACUUGCACUUGGACUCGCAGGCGACAAUCCAAGUAAAUCCGUUUUCCUGGUACGAACUAGCCAAUGAUGAUGGUUUGAGCGGCAACAGUGGGAAAGAUUUUCUAGACGAAACUAAACAACUGCUGGACGACGACGAAGAUGAUGAUGACGUGGAAGACCCCGUUGGCCUAACCAGCAGCAUCAUGAAGUGGGACAGUAACCCCAUCCGCGGGACAGAGCAAUUGCGGCAACUACGUGACCACAAAGCGGACUACGAUGAGGACAUUGAGUCGGACGUCGAAAACACGGAUGCCAUCAGUCCGGAUGGCACACUCAAAGCCAAAAAAGAGCAGCUGGCCUGCACACAUUGCAAUAAGACGUAUCAAAGCAAAAAGUCGCUGGAGCGCCACAUUGAGCGACAGCACAACUAUGCGGAUUCCGAUGUUGUUAACUCGGAUGUUGAUGAUGAUGAUGAUGACGUCGACGUGGAUUAUGCGCCGCCAAAGGUGCAUGCAUCCAAGCCGUCCACCAAAUACAAAUGCGAGCACUGCGACAAAGUCUACCAUGGCAAAUAUACAUUGCGCCAGCACGUGAAGCGAGAUCAUGAUAUUAACCUAACCGAGGCGUUUGUCUGCCUGGAGUGCAAUGCGCAGCUGCCGCGACUACGCUUGCUGGACGAGCAUGUGGUUAAGGUGCACGGCGGAGCGCCGUGUGUGAUUUGCAGCCGACGCUACAAGACACGCCACGAGCUAAAACGCCAUCAGCUGAAGCAUACGAACGAGCGCAAUGUGCCAUGCAGCCAUCCGGGCUGUGAUAAACGCUUUUUCACCACGCGCCACAUGCGCAACCACAGCAAGGUCCAUUCGGAGCAGAAAAACUUUGUCUGCGAGAGCUGUGGCUACAGCUGCCGCAACAAGGAGACGCUGCGCGUCCAUUUACGCAGCCACACGGGUGAGCGUCCGUUUGGCUGUAAGGUGUGCGACAAGCGUUUCCCAUCUCACUCGGGUCUGCGCGAGCACAUGGCCAUGCACUCGACGGAACGGCCACACGUAUGCAAAGUAUGCGGCGCCACGUUUUCCCGACAGAAAGGCCUUUAUCAUCACAAGUUCCUGCACACGGCGACAAAGCAGUUUGUGUGCAAGCUGUGCGGCAAUGCCUAUGCACAGGCAGCGGGACUGGCUGGGCACAUGCGAAAGCAUCGCAAUGAUGAGCUCAAUGGCUAAUAUCGCUAAUCUGUUAUAUACACUGCAAUUAUGUGCUAAAUCAUAUCUUCCACCAUUAAUCUAUUUUAUGUGUAAUUUGUAAUUUGUUGUUGUUUUUAUAUUUAAGAACUC